UGACMGUACGCGUGUAUUCUUGCGCUCGUCAAACCUUCGUCGUUGUCGUUGUUCCGCUCACGUUCAGCCACCGCAGCCGAUAACUCAUCUCCGACGCGUUUCGUGUUUUUGUUUGGUGCACGCAAAAUAAUAUUAUAUCAACACCAGCGGGAAGACUUUCCGCAUGCUGUAACGUCACACGUCAUUUUUUUUCACACGAGGAAUCCAAAAUGGGGUUCGGUUCUAAAGACGAGUGGUGUGGAUCCAUUGUCAAGUACAGCAUGUUUUUGUCCAAUUUUAUCAUAUUCAUUGGAGGCAUUGUAUUGGUGGCCAUUUCAGUGUAUACGCUGUAUGAUAAAUCAUUCAUCAAAGAACUCUUGGGCACCAACUUGUUCACAGGAGCCGUGUAUAUAUUAAUCGUGGCGGGCAUUUUGCUGUCACUUCUAUCGUUCUUGGGAUGCGCUGGCGCUGUCAAAGAAGUCAAAUGCAUGCUGUUGACGUAUUUCAUAAUUCUGUUCAUUAUAUUCAUCGUGAUGCUCGUCGGAGGGAUAUUAUGUUACGUGUUCAGGCAAAGGGUGCAGACGACUAUGCAACAAGAAAUGCUCAGGACCAUAAGGUUUUACGGCGAUGACCGGGCCAUAACUAGAGCAUGGGACGAUCUCCAAGAAGGACUACACUGUUGUGGAGUCACGGGCUAUGAUGACUGGAGGCAGCAUAGAAUCGGCGGAAUCAUUCCCAGCAGUUGUUGUCAAGAGAUUAACGGAAAGAAACAACCAUGUAAUCUGAGUUUCCAAGCGAGCCUACAGAUAUAUAAUACCGGCUGCCUGAACGUGACUACUGCAUUUAUGAAGGACCACGCGACUACAGUCGGAACCGUUGGUAUAGCCGUUUCACUGUUUCUACUAUUCGGGCUGGCAUUUUCAUGUGCAUUGUUCAUGAUGAUCGUUUGAAGUUAACGAUAUUUACAGAUAAGCAAAGAUUUCAUCGUCUUGGAAAAYAAUUUUAAAAUAUUCAUCUAAGUAGGGAAACGAAGGUCAUGUAAAUUAUUUUCAACACAUUAUUGCCAUUAUGAACCGAUCCGUUGCCGUCAAUUAUCUGACGACAGUAUAUAGUAAUAUAUUAUAGUAUUAUAUAAUAUUAUAUAAUACAUUAUAUAUAUAUCGAUGGUCGUCGGUGA